AUGGACUCAGAACCGCCCCAGCUCGAUGCCACCCGAUCGCAGACCUCUCCCGGAGAACAAACAGACGCUCCGGCUGUUGACAGUGCAAAGAGGAAGGCGGAAUUAGCCCCGGCCGGGCAGACGCGCUCAAAGAGAAAUCGGUACAUAUCCAUCGCCUGCAAUGAAUGCAAGCGAAGGAAGAUCAAAUGUAAUGGAAAUCAGCCAUGCAACCGAUGCGGCCAUCUCAAGCUAGAAUGCCGAUACGCACCAAACUGUUGCAAUAACAACUUCAAGGACUCCGAGGAGUUUCGAUCAAUGAAAAAUCAGAUCUCCUCUCUGCAGGAUCAAGUAACUAGCCUCUUCAGCAAUAUCAGUGAACUGCGCGCGCAAAGGACCAGCUUUGAUACGCCAUCCUUUGACAACUUCUCCCGUGAUGGCUCACACAUCUUUACGCCCAUGCAUCCUCCAACAGGCAAGCCUCGCCUGAAGCACGCUCGGUUUCAUGGUCCUACCAGCUCGGCAUUCAACUUUGACGUUGCUCGAUCAAGCCUUCAACAUAUGGGCAUUGCGCCUGUUGAAGAAGCCAUACCAGAUGAUCUGACCACAGCCCAUGCUACACCGGCGGGGUCACCUCCUCCUGUAGCAGCACUUAGUCAACCCAUGCACCCGUCAAAAGACCCUAUCUGGGCAAUCAAGAAAGACGAAGCGUUACGGUUAUGUCGGGUGUACGAGGAGGAGAUUGGUAUCAUGUAUCCACUUGUCGACAUCGAUCACGUCAUCCAGCAAGUCACUUUACUUUAUACCUUUAUGGAGGCGGCAAUGCGAACUGGACUCAUGCACCGGGGUCUGGCAGGUGCAGAUGGCCUUGAAGAUGAUAGCACGAGUUUGAUCAAGCUCAUCCUUGCUACUACCCUCAUUGUUGAAGGUGGCGGGCGAAGCGAGCUCGGCCGACGGCUAUAUAUGAAUGUGAAGCCGGUUGUUGAGUCCAAGAUAUGGGAUACGCUAGACGUCAAAACUAUUCAGCUCUUAGGACUAAUGGCAACAUAUCACUUUCAUACGGACGAGGAUGCCUUGGCCUAUCGGAUCAUCGGUGUGGCCUCCCGCAUGUGCCUUGAGAUGGGACUACAUAGAAGGGACGCGCUGGCCAAGUACUUCCCUGAUGAAGCACAGUGGCCAGAGAUCGUCAGAAUAUUCUGGUCGAUUUACUCUUUGGACCGACGGUGGAGUUUUGGUACGGGGUUGCCGUUCUCAAUCCACGAUGAGGAUAUAGACCAAAUGGAACCGGAUCCAUCAUUACAGUACUUGCGUUGCAUGAUCACGUAUAAUCGCAUCAGCUCGAAGGUUUGGUACUCCGGCUUGGGCUCAGAUGGAGCAACAGACAUACGUCGAGAUGAGAUCGGAUACUUGGACUAUCAGGUCCUUCAGUGGUAUAAGCAGAUCCCGGAUUCUCUCAAGUUUUAUCCGGCCGAAUCCCCGAGGCAGGGUGAAACGGCAAGCCGAGGCAUUCGAAGGUUGCGCAUACUGUUGUAUCUGCGUAUGAAUCAACUGCGGACUCUGAUCUAUCGGCCAGUUCUGCAUUCAGCUGCUAGUAUUGCCGAAGAUAAGGGACAUGCUCAGACGGUAGUGGAUGUCGCUAAGGACACGGUUCGUAUUCUCACCAGACUAAAUCAAACCUCCGAUAUAUACCGCACACAACAGAUUACCUUCAAUUACUUCCUCGUUGCCGCCUUGGCUGUUCUGUUCCUGGCCGUCUGUCAUGCACCAAAUGAGUUUAAUCGCCAGGUACGGGACGAGUUCUACUUGGCGCUAGAUCUUGUCAACGGAUUCAGCACAAAGUCAUAUGUAUCGAAACGCCUAUGGAAGACAAUCAAAGGCCUCAGACAAAUUGGCGAGAGACUGGGCGUUCUUGCGCGGCCUUAUGGACCAGACGUUAAUGACCCGCACUCAUCGGCGGCUGUUGCAAUGGCUGGCUUGGCUGGCCAUCCAAUGGAAGAUCUGUCAGUUUACGGGACUUUGAAUGGGGUGGGUGAACUGGGCAAUAGCCCUUUGAAUGGGCUACAGAUGAGCCAUGAGCUCACAGCGCUGUUUGAGGCUGUGGGGGGCUUUGGAAACUUUAUGGGCCCGACCACAGCCGAUGGGAUGAAUGGUUUUAUCGGUCACGAAGGUGAGCUUCAGAAUACUGGAGAAGGACUGUCAGGCGUGCUGGGUGACGAAGGGGAAUUUGCACGCGUGAUACGCGACCUUUUCUGA